GCAUUGAGUCCAUUUCUCUGAACGUUUGGCAAUGAAGAUACUUUGUCUCCUCGGGUUGAUUUCAGCCGUUCUGGCUGGUCCUGCCAGGCAGCGAUUCGAUGGGGAGAAAGUAUUUCGCCUGAAGCCUACGAGUGAUCGGGCAGUGUGGUUUGUGAAGAGCCUGGCCUCCUUUGCAAAGGUGGAUUUAUGGAGACCCGAUUCCAUUGACCAAGUGGCUGUAAACAUUGAUGUGGAUUUCCGAGUGAGUGCUCAAGACGUUGCAAAGACUGAAGACCUACUGGAGCAGAGUGGACUCGAAUACGAAGUUUUAAUGGAAGAUCUUCAGACAGUGAUUGAACGACAACUUGACAAUAAGGAGCGUUCAGCCAAUGAGCACAGCUACUUAAAGUACAAUGACAUGGAUACGAUCAACACUUGGAUUGCCAGCACCGUUGCCAGACACUCAAACCUAACCUCUCUCACGGAGAUUGGAACCAGCUAUGAAGGACGGCCAAUCUAUGUCAUCAAGAUUGGCAAGAAAACAGAUCAGCCUAAACCUGCGAUCUUCAUGGACUGUGGAAUACAUGCUCGAGAGUGGAUUUCUCCAGCAUUUUGCCAGUGGUUUGUGAAAGAGGCUAUUGCCACCUAUGGAUCUGAUCCCAUCAUUACCAAUGUUCUGGAUACCAUGGACUUCUUUGUUGUGCCAGUCAUUAAUGUUGAUGGCUACUCCUUCACUUGGUCUAAUGAUCGCCUGUGGAGAAAAACCCGCUCUAAGAUUUCUGGCAGUUAUUGCCGCGGAGUUGACCUUAAUAGAAACUGGGAUGCCGGUUGGUGCACUGUAGGUGCCUCAAAGGACCCUUGUUCUGAAACAUACUGUGGUCCUCGAAUAGAAUCUGAGAAGGAAGUCCAGGCUGUUGCAAACUUCAUCCGUCUCCACAAAGAAAGCAUCAAAGCUUACCUCACCAUGCACUCGUAUUCUCAGAUGUGUCUCUUCCCUUAUUCCUACACUUAUGCCUUAGCGCCAAAUCAUAAUGAACUGAAUAACAUUGCUAAAGGAGCAGUUCAAAGUCUGGCCAGCCUCUAUGGAACAGAGUACAUCUAUGGUCCUGGAGCUACCACCAUAUAUCUUGCGGCUGGAGGUUCAGAUGACUGGGCCUAUGAUCUGGGCAUUAAAUAUUCCUUCACCUUUGAACUCCGUGACACUGGCAGAUAUGGCUUCCUGUUGCCUGAAUCUCAAAUCAAGCCGACCUGUGAAGAAACUAUGUUGGCCAUUAAGUUCGUGGCCGACUAUGUCGUCAACAAUUUGUAUUGAAAUAAAUAUGUAUAAAGCAUGUUAAAAUAAAGAAAUCUAACAAUCAA